UUGCCGAAUGGGUCUUUGUUGAGUGGGCAAGAAGAGGAUAAAAGAGAGAUGUUGAGUAGCCGUGAGAUUCUCAACUUCUUAGUAAGGAAGAAGGACGCGAGGAAGAUACUCAAGCGCAAGGACAGUGACGCUGGGGAACGAGGAAGGGCUCUGGAAGAACUGAGGUCCUCGUUGUUUAACAAACUUCGGUCACCUGAGGGUGCGAAACGACAAGAGCAACGCUACUGUGGUCCUAUCGCUGCCCUUACGUUCAACUUCGUCAUAGCUGUUGGCAUUAUCUUCAUAAACAAAUGGGUGCUUCAAGGAGUUGGUUUCCGCUUCCCUAUCUGUCUCACUUUUAUUCACUACUCAAUAAGCUGGAUUCUGAUGGCCUAGUUAAAAGCCUUGUCCAUUCUUCCUGCACCGCCUCCAUCAAAAGCUAACAACUUGACUUUGUUCACUCUUGGUUUUGUCAUGUCGCUUUCUACUGGCCUGGCUAAUGUUAGCUUGAAAUAUAACAGUGUGGGUUUCUACCAGAUGGCUAAGAUUGCAGUUACCCCUUCCAUUGUCCUCGCUGAAUUCAUAUGGUUGAAAAAGAGAGUCUCCUUCUCCAAGGUGGUUGCACUUACAGUUGCCUCUACUGGAGUUGCGGUCGCUACAGUUACUGACCUACAGUUUAGCCUAUUUGGCGCAUGUGUAGCACUAGCCUGGAUAGUCCCUAGUGCAGUGAACAAGAUCCUCUGGUCUACAAUGCAACAGCGUGACAACUGGACAGCUUUGGCGUUGAUGUGGAAGACAACACCAAUCACUUUAGUUUUCCUUACGGCGUUGAUUCCUUUCUUGGAUCCCCCUGGUGUCUUCUCCUACGACUGGACCUUCAGUAACACGACGUUGAUAAUCACCUCUGCACUUUUUGGCUUUUUACUCCAGUGGUCUGGGGCCUUGGCCCUUGGGGCAACAUCUCCUGUUUCCCAUGUCGUUCUCGGUCAAUUCAAGACCUGCAUUGUGCUGCUGGGGAACUACUACAUCUUCGGAUCAAAUCCUGGCGUGAUCAGCAUCUUCGGUGCAUUGAUUGCAAUCGGUGGCAUGUCUGGCUUCACGUAUCUUAAUCUACAGAAUGUCAAGUCCUCGUCGUCCCAAACAGCGCCUCAAAAAUCAUCAUCGAAAGACAAAUCCAGGUUGAGCAAAGAGAACGGAGGAGACGACGGCAAUGAUGCAUAUGGGGAGGAAUCUGUGUAACUUAUUAACAACAGCAUUCUUUUCUUCAGUUGCUCGUUUGACUUGUUGUUGUAUCCCGUGAAAGCCCGAGUUUCUGUUCUGACUGUAGUCUAACUUUUGGAUGCCAGAUUUGCCAGAGGGUCCAAAUUGAUGCCACGCAGUAAUCAUUGUAGUAAACCUUGUUGUAGGGGUAGAAACUAGAGAGGUCAAUGCUCUGUAAUCUGUAUUUUUCAAGUGCAGUUUUAGCGGUUUAGUUGCAUUAUAUAUGAGCUUUUAGUGG